AUGCCUGCAUUCAUUUGCCUGUUCAGAAGUUCACUGGUAAGGUUGGGCAGCAACUUUGGUCGCCGUCUGCUGGCUACUGAAUCUGCAGCCGAAAAGAUAUCUUUGACCUUUGCUUCGCCGAGCCAGGUGUUUUAUUCGAAUGUGCAGGUGCUUCAGGUAACGGCUCCAACAAUUGACGGCGAGGUUGGCGUCUAUCCGACUCAUGUCCCUUUGGUUGGAGUAUUACGGCCAGGUAUUGUAAGCGUUCAGGAAGAUGCCAGUACGGCUAAAAGACUAUUCGGUAGACCUGGGAACAGGAAGCGCAACGUAUUUCUGACCCGUACUCUUUGCGGCUGCAAUUUGAUUCAGCCAAUUUGA